UUGGAGAGGCGGCUGUUUCAAUCUUCAUUCUCUGGUUUUUGUUGAUAUAUUAUUCAUUUGUGUUAUAGUAUAUUUAUGACUCAUCUAAUGUUUGGAUUAAAAACAGAGGGUUAUACUAGUUUAUGAAGCAUUGUUUUUUUUUAAAAGCAGUAAUGUCUUCAUCCACUGUCCGUCGUCGACAGACGGAGGCAGAAAAGAAUGUGAACCGUCUGCGCAGUGUGAUGCCGGAGAAGCUGGCGGCCAUGUGUAAGAUGCAUCUGUCUUUUCUUCUUGACCUCAGUGGAUCCAAACUGGAUGAACUCCAAGAUGGAGAAACUAAACAUGAAAAGAAACGAGGAUGCUCAACAUCUUCUUCGAAAAAGAAAGAUAAGAAUCUGUUUGGGGACAGUCUAAGUGAAGAACAUGUUGCUCAAAUCUAUCAGCUCAUUGAAUUCCUCGGAAGAUCAGAAAAUAUUAGGACAGAAGGUCUGUUUCGGAAGUCAGGCAAUGUGUGCCGUCAGCGUCAUCUCAAAGAGCUUUUGAACCAGAAUGUGUCGAACCUUGGUCUGGAGGACGGGACCUUCUCUCCACAUGAUUGUGCUGCCACUCUCAAGCAUUAUCUGUCGGAGCUGCCGGAACCCUUGUUAACAGAGAGACACACUGAGGCACACAAACAAGUUCUUGAGAUGGCCAGUGACUCUCUGAAUACGUCUGGGAAGAGCCGCGUGCGAGACAAGCAGCUGAAGGCACUGCAGCUGCUGAUGUUGAUGCUGCCACGAGAGAAUGCUCUGCUGCUCGAGUGUCUGCUCGACCUGCUGCACCACGUCUCCAUGGUGCCUGAGAAUAUGAUGACAGCAGACGCGCUUGGCACCAUCUUUGCUCCUUCUCUCCUUUGCUCAAAGAAGUUGUCGCCAACAGAGUUUCAUAUAGAGUCAUGUCAUUCCACAAAAAUUGUUUCCUUUUUAAUUGAAAAUAAUCAACAAGUUUUUAAGAUUCCACGAGAAUUAGCUGUUGAUAUUGCAAAUUUUUGGACAAAGAUGGAAACCCCAGAGAACAAUAGUGAAAAAACUGACAUGCAGAAAAUCAACAACCAUUUUAAGGCGAAGAAGUAUGUGGCCAGUGCUGAUGGCCCGCCUAUCUCGACGGUGGUGAACUACACAGUGAAUCGACACACUCCCACCAAGGAACAAACCGUGUCCGACACACAGGUGGCACUCGCUGAACUCUACGCCCAUGUUCAAGCCAUGCCAGACUCAAGCAAAAAAAAGAAACUGUUAAAGCAGUUCAAUAGAGCAAAUGGAAUGCCCAUGAAGAACAAACAUGUUAGAAGCAAAACAUUUGGAGAAUCUCUCAAGAAACAUUUUCCUGUUCUUCACAAACAUAGAAGACGAGGAUCCAAUGAUCCUUCUCAAGUUACCGAGGGCUUGAACUGGGCUUUAACAAAACCUAUGAUAAUAGACGAAACGUGUAACGACCAAGUGACAAUAAUAGACUGUGGGAAGUUUCAUACAACACCACAUAGACAACAGAAUUCUGAACAAUGCAGAUACCGGACUCAGCCUCCCAGUCCUGUUGUACAUAUUGUGGAUAUGAGCCAGUCUGAUCACAACACACCGUCUUCACAAAGUCCAAGGAAGCGCAGAAGCAGUGAGGACAUUGAAAAUGCCCGACCUCCAAAAGACAAGAGGUCCACCAAGCAGCCAUUACCUUCCUCUGAGAAUGAGAUCAAUUACAUAUCUGUCACCUUUAACGCCAAGAAGACACUGAAGUAUACACCGGACCGUGUUAAACCAGUCGCUAUGGUCUCACCUAUCACACAGUCCAUGCUAAAUGCUCCACAAGACUUACAGAAAGCUGUGAUGACCCCACGAUCCCGCAAGCCAAUGUUCCUCGGGAAUGAGAGUGUUGUCUAGUGAUGACGAGUGCUAUUUUUAUCAUCAUUAAUCAUCUCAAAGUGUUGGCUGGCAUGUUUUGACAUGUGCUUAUGCCUAUUUUUAGGACAAAUAUUAGCUUUGUCUAGUCAUAUGUAUGUAUAUAUAUGUGAAUGUAUUUUUUGAGUGCCGUGGCUUUCUUAUUUACAGAAAGUCCAAAAACCAAGUGCUAUUAAUGACAUUUUGCUAAAUGUAUUAGCAAUGUACAGUAGAUAGGGAUUAUUAUUUUACGGAGAUGUUUCAGGUGUAGUUUUAUUAUAUUUAAGAUGUUUUUCUUUCUGUUCACACCAAGAUCAGGUUUGAUUACUGUACUGAAGAAUAAUAAGGAAUAUAGUUUUAAAUCAGCAAUUAUCAUUAGACAAGUCAUAAGAGAUCAGUUAAAUUUGUGAAUCUCAUACUGAAAGUUCAAUUUUUCUAUUAAUUAUCUGUAAUCCUUUGAUGUGAACAGACAAUUGAAAAUCUGUUGUUCAAGAUGUACAUUUUUGUUUGUACCUUUCCCUUGACAUACCAAAUGUUUCCUAUAGUAUAUGUUUACACAGAUCUAACUGAUAGGACAUGUUCUAUGGUAUCACAGUAUUUGUUUUUUGUUACUAAAGAAGCCAUGUUGCAGUUUGAAAAGAAAACUUUCCCCCACAUUCUUUUUUUUGGUACAAAUGAGUCUAAACUCAGAUUUGUGUCUGCUGUAUGAAAUUAAACUUGUUUUAAAAAUGGUUUCUUACAGAUACGUGCUCUUGUAGUUGCCUGUUUGUGAAGAUGUGACUAAUACUGUGAUACCUCAGAACAUGUUAGAUGUAGUCGUCUUGCAGCCAUUGUUUAUAUUGGCAGAUUAUAAUGGCCUCAGUGGUGUUGUGGUUAAGUCAUCGGACCUAAGGCUGGUAGGUACUGGGUUUGCAGCCCAGUACCAGCUCCCAUCCAGAGCAAGUUUUAACGACUCACUGGAUAGAUGUAAGACCAC